UUGUGGUCGCCAUUUUCAUAGCCAUUUUGUAAGAAGACGAGGUAGCGCGACCUGUUCUUCUGCGGGGUAUACGGCCGUUUGCUGCAGCUCAACAAAGAUGGCAGCGACUGACGGCACCCCACUUGUACGUGUGAAGACUGAAGUCACUGAAGAAACAGAACCCCCACAACCUUGUCUGCUGGAGUAUCAGCCUGGUGAUAGUUCAGGCCAGGCAGAGCACAUCUGGACUUACAGUGGACCAGCAGAUCUACAGCUGCCAGGGGAACACAGCACAGAACGGAGGAUGGCAUCAAGGAGGAAGAGCAAAAACGUUAGGAAGAUGAGGGUGGAGGAAGAGCACUACUCCGGAGAUGAAGAACCUAGAGGGGAUGAGGAGGAUGAUGAGGAAAGUCCAGCUGGUGGUCCAGGGUACAAAGUGGAGGACGCCAUAGCAGAUUUCUAUGAGGCAAACCCCCUGUUCUAUGACAAGGGUGACCCUGAAUACAAAAACAAGGAAAAGAAGGCGAUUCUCCUGGAAAAAUUCUCAAACUUGUUGGGCAUGGGGAUCAAACCUGAAGACAUUGCCCGGAAGUUCAAAUCUCAUCGAACAGAAUACGUAAGGCUAAAAAGGAUAAAAAAGGGGAAGUACGGGUUGCUGACCAGCCUUCAGCGCUGGAAACUGGAACGCUACCAGUUCCUGGAUCCCUUCUGCAUCUCAAGAACAGAGGACACGGGAUCAGUUGGGAACGCUGAUGGUGUUGAAGAAGGAAUGGAAGAGGAGGCAGAGGACGAUGGAGAGACUGUGGCCGGAACAUCGACAGGCGGGACGACUUCCGGUGGCUAUGCGGCUGUGGGACCAAAGAGCGAGAAGAGGCCCUAUCUCAACGGCAAUACAAUUACAAGCAUCAAGAAGAAAGCAGCCACCCCUUCCAGCAUGUCCGAUAUCUUGGCAAAUUUAAAGUCCUUGCAUGACACUGACCAGGAGAAGACCAGGGCACAGCAAGAAGUGGAAACUGUUGCCAGGGAGACGACCCAAGAGCCGGUGGACGAAAGGGUUGCGUGGGGCCAGUGGCUCAUGUCGUCUUGUCUCCGCAUCCCUUCGGAACACUUCCAACAGUACCAGAGGGACACGUUCGAAGCGACCCUGCGCUGGUUACCGAGGGAGCCGGUGACACCGGCAAGACCACUGCCAGGCCCCACAGCCUUGCCGCCACCACAGCGUUACAACACCCCUAACCAAGGAUAUAUGCUCUAUUCUAACCCCAUCAGACACAACAGAUCCAGCACGACAUUCUCCAGACAUACGGAGAGGACCAGCAGGCAGUACAGCAACAGCCAGUAGUGGAAUGCCCUACAGGCCAGAGCAGCAGAUUACAACCAUGCUGACCCUAGGCCAAUACUCGCUCCUCCUCGGCUCUGGUGGCUAAGAUACCAUCGUCCAUAAUCUGCGCUUAAACAGCAGGCUGGAGUGUCAGGCAAUACCUCGGGCCAACAAGCACCUGAUGCAAUGUCAAUUCCAACACUUGUAAAGUACUGCCAGAAAGUGAUAUGUCUAGGAAAAAUAGCAACUAGCUAUCAGAUAAGGGAAGAAUAGAAAUGAAUCACUGCAUAUUCUGGUUAAGAUUGUCAAGUUUCUUU